AUGGAACCCUCAGUGUUCACUUAUGGCGAGAAACUACCUGAUCAGGUGGAUCGAAUUGCCAGACUCUCCGAGACCCAACUUGAUCUCCUCAGUGACAUUCGCGAAAUAUAUCGCGAUCGUGCUGCGCUGGAACGAGAAUACGCCGCCAAGCUCCAAGUGCUAGCAAAGAAGACGCUGGAGAAGAAGUCGAAGAAGGUUGCUUCUGCUGUACUCGGGGAUGAGCCCACAAAGGAUUGGAACGAAGACACACUUAAUCAAAGUACCCUGGUCAACAUGUACAAUAAAAUAAUCGGGUCCACCGUCAACAUCGCGCAGGAUCACAUCAACUUAUCUGAUUCUCUGAGCACACAGGUUGUCGACGUUCUCAAAGCUCUGGAAACAAAGUACGAAGACAAUGGAAAGAAGCAAGCGCAAUUCUACCAGAAGCUCUUAGCUGAUAGGGAUAGAGUUUACAACGAGCGUCUCAAGAGCAAGCAAAAAUAUGACGAAGAAUGUGAGGAGCUGGAAACCUACCGCCAGAAGCAGGAUCGCGCACAAGACGAUAAGCACGCUGACCGUGCAGCAAAACAAUACGAGCAGCAGCAGACUGACGUCAUGAACGCAAAGAACGUCUUUCUUAUUGCUACUAGAGUCGCAAAUAAGACGAAGACUAGAUUCUACACUGAAGAUCUAGUGACUCUGGAAAACCAAUAUCAACAUUUACAGACUCAUUUCAUUGCCAAAUUUAGCAGCACCCUCCAUCAUGCACAGGCUCUUCAACUUACGCAUCAGGACGCAUUGAAGAAUCAUAUAUCUUCUGUGGAGAUGUCUUUGAACGAAAUCGAUACUAAGAAAGACCAGGAACUCUUCAUUGAGCAUAAUGUUCGGCCUUUCACAUCCCCAAGUGAUUGGAUGUUUGAGCCUUGCACCAGUCAUUAUGAUACGGGCGAGAUGAGCGUCGAACCUACUGCGAAGAUAUAUUUGCAGAAUAAGCUGUCAAAGUGCAGGUCCAAACUACAAGAUUUGCUACCCUUGCUCGAUGCCAAAAGAAAUGAAGCCACUCAAUUAUCCAAAGUGAUUACAGCCUACACUCAAAACCAAUCUCUUGGAAAGGUUGACGAGGUCAUCGAAGACUAUCUUGAUGCGCAGCAUCAAGCAUCUCUGUACGAGAACUCUAAGACAAUCCUAGAGGCAGAGAUAGACACGAUCACGACGGCUCUGGCGGGUGACGAAGGUUCCCAAAGUCCGCACUCCUUUAAGAGUUCUUCUUUUACUAUCCCCACUGAGUGUGGGUAUUGUGGGUCUUCGAUCUGGGGACUGAGUAAGCAAGGAAAGACGUGUAAACUCUGUGGGCUAUCAGUGCAUUCGAAAUGCGAGCUAAAGGUCCCCGCUGAAUGUACUGGAUCCCGUGGAUCACGGCACAAAGCAUCAGAUUCGCUUUCGCGAACCGCCAGCAUUCUUUCCAGAACCACUUCCAAAGCUUCUUCGGUGGCCGCAACCCCAAUUCCAACCCCGUCCUCGUUCGCCCAGACCGACCUUCAAACCCCACAUGAGGAGUACCCCAAAGCCCGUGUUAUGUUUGACUUCACCCCAACUUCGCCAUUCGAACUAGCUAUUCGUGAGGGUACAACUGUGCAUGUGCUCGAGGAAGACGAUGGCUCAGGUUGGGUCAAGGUAGCCGACAGGGUCGGAGAGAAGGGACUCGUCCCGGCUACGUACAUCGAAUUGUCAGACUCUCAUGCGAUCACGCCAAUUGAAGCGCCUGCGCCUGGUCAUGCGCAAGGGUCGGGGAAGUUUGGUACGUCUGCCAAUCAUUGUCCGAAGUUCUUUCGGUCUUAUCGUCUUUCCGGGCGCCACAAAGUGCGAGGGAUCUAUGAAUACCAAGCCCAAGGUCCAGAUGAAUUGAAUAUUCAGAAGGGAGGGAGCAUAGAGCUCACUAGCGGGCCAACAGGAGGAGAAUACUAUGCGGAUGGAUGGUGGGAAGGCAUCAACGCCAAUGGUCAGAAGGGGAUAUUCCCGAGUAACUAUGUAGAACUUAUGUCGACUAUACCAUAG